GAAUCUACCAAUCAAAAGGCAGGUUUACUGCGUAUCAACUUCCGGUAAAGGAAAUACGGCUACCGAGAAGUCAAAACACGCCCAGACCACGUUGAAGUCGUACCGACGAGACGCUUGCUCCGACCGAAGAUGGAUUUUGUGCAAGAAUCAAAGCCCAAAAUUAUGUGGCAACCGGAUAAGACCAAGCAAACAAAGAUGGAUAAGCUUCGGAAACUGAUAAAUGAAAAAUAUAAUGUGGAUUUGCAGACCUACAGUGCUUUUCAUCGAUGGUCAUGUGACCAUUAUGCUGAAUUCUGGGAAGAAGUAUGGAAGUUCACAGAUAUUAUUCAUUCAAAACCUCAUAACAAGGUCGUGGAUACAAGUAAGGGAAUUGCAGAAAACCCAGAGUGGUUUGAAGGAGCUAGAUUAAACUUUGCGGAAAAUCUAUUACGGUACAAAGAUGACAGAACAGCCAUCUACGCUACAGGUGAAGGGAGAUCAGUUACUAAGAAGACAUUCAGAGAACUGCGUGAGUCGGUCGCGGUGUACACUGCUGCCCUGAGAAGGCUGGGUGUUGAGAAAGGUGAUCGUGUUGUAGGUUACAUUCCAAACUGUACAGAGGCUGUGGAGGCGAUGCUAGCUACAGCCAGUAUAGGGGCAGUGUGGAGUUCCACCUCCCCAGACUUUGGGGUGCAGGGGGUACUUGACAGAUUUUCACAGAUCCGUCCCAAGAUAAUUUUUAGUGUGAAUGCUGUCUGGUACAAUGGAAAGGUGCAUAGACACCUGGACAAGCUACAGCAGGUGGUACAAGGUCUACCCGAGCUGGAGAAGGUGGUCGUGAUUCCAUUUGUACCUGAUGAGCAUUGUGAUAUUACUGAGGUAUCCAACAGCUGUUUGUUACCCGAGUUCCUCCACAUGGGGAUGCCUGAUGACCAGGUGCCAGAGCUGACUUUUGAACAAGUCCCGUUUAACCAUCCCAUGUUCAUCAUGUAUUCAUCUGGCACCACGGGAGUACCCAAGUGUAUGGUGCAUUCAGUCGGAGGAACAUUACUAAAGCACAUGGAGGAACACGCCAUACAGAGUGACAUGACAUGUGAUGACGUCAUGCUCUACUACUCAACAGUUGGCUGGAUGAUGUGGAACUGGCUCGUCUCUGCACUAGCUUUGGGAGCAGCUAUCGUGUUGUACGACGGAUCACCACUAGUUCCCCAUGCAAACAUUCUCUGGGACAUCGUCGACGAAGUGGGGGUGACGUUUCUAGGCAGUAGUGCCAAGUGGCUGGCCGUCAUGGAGGAUAAGGGUCUCACACCAGGUUCCACACACAAGCUGACGUCCCUGAAGGCGAUCCUUUCGACAGGCUCCCCCUUGAAGCCCCAGAGCUAUGACUACGUGUACAAGGACAUAAAGAAGGAUCUACUUCUGGCGUCCAUAUCGGGCGGCACAGACAUUAUCGCCUGCUUCAUGGGACAGAACUGGACCGUGCCUGUCUACCGCGGUGAGGUCCAGGGUUUUGUUCUGGGCUGUGAUAUGGAGGCAUGGGAUGAGUCUGGUAAGGUGGUCUACAACGAGAGCGGAGAGUUGGUGUGCAGAACCCCCUUCCCCUCCAUGCCUGUGAACUUCUGGAAUGACCUUGAUGGUACGAAAUACCAGAAGGCAUACUUCAGCAUGUACAAAAAUGUGUGGGCCCAUGGCGACUUCUGUAGUAUCAACAAAGAAACUGGUGGGAUCGUCAUGCUGGGACGUAGUGACGGUGUUUUGAAUCCUAACGGGGUUAGAUUUGGUAGUGCUGAAAUCUACAAUGUGGUUGAGUCCUUCAAGGAGAUUGAUGACAGUGUGUGUGUGGCACAGAGGAAGGCAGACAUGUCCGAGGAGCGUGUCGUUCUGUUUGUCAAGAUGGCCAAAGAGGGGGUGUUCAACAAAGACCUUGUCUCAAGCCUCAGGACUAGGAUAAGAGCUGAACUAUCGGCACGCCACAUGCCAGCUGUUGUACUGGAGACACUUGCUAUACCGUACACCAUCAGCGGGAAGAAGGUGGAGGUUGCUGUAAGAAGAGCUAUACAUGACCAAUCUGUUCCCCAACAGGGGGCGCUGUCAAACCCUGACUGUUUACAAGCUUACUACAACAUCCAGGAGCUACAGGGAUACUAAAGCCAAGGAUGACACAAAGCUUCUGAUUGGCUAUUCAGUCACUAAUUGAACUUUCUUGUGACUGGAACCAAGAUAAGACACUUUCACUGACUGGCUGAAUCAAGUAGACUAAUAUCUUAUUUUAAUCUAGGAUGUGACAAUGUCACAUUUUUUUUUUUAAU